AUGGCCGACCAAAUCGAAAUGCGUGAUCGUAUGACCGCUGUGGAAAAUCAACUCCAGCAGUUGCUCACCUCUAUGCAACUUAUGACGGAUCAAAUGCAAUCCCUCCAAGUGAAUCAGACUCUUGCACCCGCUCUCCCCGAGAUAGUAGUCCCAAAGCAGACGAACAAAGCCCAAAUGGGUGAUGAUGACAUGCCGGAACUAGAGGAUGACCCACUGUUCGUCACAGCUGAAAAGGCUAAGCCUGACAAUCUCCCUAAGGCGGAGCAAGAUGAACGCUUCGCCAAACUUGAAAAGAAACUGAAACAAUUGCAAGAGUCGCGGAAUUCACUCCCGUUCGACUUGUCGGUUUAUGAGAAAGUCAACAUGCCAAAGAAGUUUAAGAUGCCGGAGUUCGAGAAAUACGACGGUACUUCUUGCCCAAAAGCUCAUUUGCAGAUGUACCAUGUACGCAUGGCCCAAUACGUCAAGAAUGAGCCUCUCAUGAUCCAAUCGUUUCAUGCAAGCUUGACUGGGCCCGCACUCAACUGGUACAUAAUGAAAAAUGAGUUGAUGAAGUUGUUCGUCAAGACUCUCCCGUAUGAGUUCCGUAACCGGAUGGCUAGCACAUACGUUGAGAACUUCAACCAACUUAUCCCAGUGGGUGAACAGAUCGAGAUGGGGCUAAGGGAUGGAUGGUUCAAUGAACCGACUCAUCAAGGCAAAAGGUUCACCAUGAAGAAAGAUAAAGAACCAGCCACUGAAAUCAAUGUUGCAUAUGCACAACCGGCCCCAAGUAAGCCUCAGAUGGUUCGUAUCCCUGGAAAUCAGCAAGAUGGAGGCCAAGUGCCUGCACCGCGGCAAUUCACCAAAAGGCAGUUCUCUCCUCUUCCUGGCCCUCUAUCUCAGCACAAGAUCCAAAAUUUGUUGGAUACUAAGGCAUUUUCUUUCCGUACCACCCAACUAAAUGUCCAGAAGAAUCCAUUAUCGGAACAUCAGGGAAACGUGAAUGCAAUCUUUGAGUUCAAUGCUGGCAAAAAGAUGAACUUGAAGGUGUCUGUCAAAGAUAUCUAUAGGGGAUUAGUCAAAGUUGGUUACUAUCCGACAGAUGAGAAUCCUCCUUUGCCUACCAUGAAGGAAAGGGUUCAAGAAAUGGUUAAGGCUGGCAUGAUCGUGUAUGCUGACCAAGCUGGAAUAGUGUCAACUAUCUCCGAAGUCGUCAUUGAUUGGGAGAAGGAAUUUGCUAAGCUAAGUGCCGAAAAGAGUGAACCAGAUCCAUUGAUCGAGGACAUGCCCCCACUUGAGGAUGCCUCUGACCAUGAAGGACUGAUAGUGGAAGUGCCUUCAACUGAUGAAGAAAUAAUUAUUGAAAUGCCCCAGCUGUAUGAGUACAAGGAUAAUAAAGCAGUCCCAUGGUCAUACGAGCUAGAUGUUGACCUGAUUACCAGGUCUGGUCGGACCUAUGCUCAAGCUAAUGCCCAACCUGCAAAGCCAGUUACUGACGAAGAGGCCAAAGAAUUUCUGGCUAUAAUCAAAGCAAGUGAGUAUAACGUGGUCGACCAGUUGCGGAAAUUGCCUGCUCAGAUCUCUUUACUCGAACUUUUGCAAACAUCUCCUACACAUCAAAAGUCUCUAAUGAAGGUUCUAAGCGAAGUUCAUGUACUAGAGAUGAUCGACGUAAACAGGUUGGAGGAAUUUGUAGGGUCAAUUCUUCUUAAGGAUUUAAUAGCCUUUUCUGAUGAAGAAUUCCCUCUUGAGGGGAGGGGACAUACUAAGGCGUUAUAUAUAUCCGUCAAGUGCAAGGCUUCCCAUGUGGCUCGAGUACUCAUUGAUAAUGGGUCUGCCUUGAAUAUUUGUCCAUUGGCGACUCUUCACCGCCUUAAAAUAGACCCUUCAAAAAUAAAUGCUGCAAAGACCUCCGUCCGAGCUUUUGAUGGUACGAGAAAGGAGGUUAUAGGGGAGACCCACCUUGAACUGCAAAUAGGACCGGUGAUGUUCAACGUCCUUUUCCGAGGAGCUGUGCCAUCAAGUCUCCACCAAAGCGUGAAAUUUGUUGUCGAAGGAAAGUUAGUCAUUGUUCAUGGCGAGGAGGAUCAUUGGAUCUAUCAUGAGAUGGCAAUCCCCUAUAUUGAGCCGGAGCGUAGGGAGGAGUGA